AGCUGCGGUGUGUGCAGAGGGACAGAUAAAAACACACACAGCGAGGAGGACACACACUUCCCUGCAGAGACUCUGAGGAUGAAGCUGCUUCACAUGGCUGCGGCUCUGCUGUCUGCAUGGGUCCUCACAGCUACUGCUGCAGGACCUGAAACAGGAGUUUCCGGGGUUAAUUUAAAUGGGAAGAUGUUCACUUUGUCUAGUUCUGCAGGGGGAAUAUCCUUCUACCCCCCCCAGUUUUAUACCACUCCCUACCCAACUCGAAGAUACCCCACCACUCCCUACCCAACUCGAAGAUACCCCACCACGCGCCCCUAUAUCCCAGAGUCCACCGUCAGCCGGAAAUACAGCCCCACCACCACCAUCACCACCACCCGCCGCUACACCACCACCCGCCGCUACACCACCACCCAAUACCACACCCCCACCCUCCCCCCGCCCACAGCACCCUACGCUAGAGAUGUGUCCGUGUGUCUGCGAUACCUGACGGACGCCCCAACGACACUCUUCACACUUCGUCAGUCCAGAUACCCUCUGCGCUUCACAGUCGAAGAUGCUGAUCUAAAGUAUUAUCUGGACAUGGAUCCGUAUGGUGGGCAUACUUUGAUCUUUCGACCCAACAUAAAGUUUUGGCCAGGCAUCAAAUCAGAAGCCUGGAGCAGAGUCUGCCUCACCGUGGACAACAUGAACCAUGUGGCCCAGGUGUUCAGCGGCUUAAACACCAGCAUCAGGAAGCUGCUGCCUAGACCGUGGGUGUCGUCAGGUGAGCCUGUGAUGGAUUUUUCAGAAUUCAAUGGUCAGUUGACCGAUGUGCAGUUGUGGGAUUAUACUCUCAGCAAAGUAGAUGUNCCGGCAGGUUUCCGGUAG